AUUUUCUACUAUGUCAUUAAACUCUACUGACUUUCUUCUAACUGGAGAUAUCAAUGCUCCUGUAUUUUCAGCAAUACUGGGCAUUGAAGCAGUCAUUGGGAUAAUAGCUAAUAUAGGAGUCCUACUAGUGACGCUCUAUGAAAAGAAGUCCUGGACCAAAUCGUCGACAAUGUUCUUCACAUCUCACUUGCUGGCUAAUCUCAACGUCUCAUUCUCUCUAUUGCUCUUCUCCAUUGCAAUAGGAGCCAAAGAAUGGAUCUUUGGUAUAACUCCUCAAGGAAAGAACCAGAUAUGCAUCAUAGUCGCUUAUACGUACUGGAACAGUGCCUUGAUCAUAGCAAUGACACUAUCAGCCAUCUCUUUUGAUCGGUUUCUGUUCAUAGUCAAGCCUCACUUUCACAAGGAGUUCAUGACGCCAAGAGUAGCCUUGAUACUCACUAUAACACUAUGGUUACUGGGCUCCAUGAUAAACACAACCCCUUUCUACGGCAUCGGUCAAUAUGGGUACUUUUCUUCUUACGGGAUUUGUACUAACAUUUUCCAAAACACGAGCAUGUUCUACCUUACAUUAAACGUAUCAAUAUAUUCAGCGAUAUACCUCACUAUUGCUGUUAUGACUAUUUGGACGUUUUGUUACACGCGUGGCUUCAUCAAGGAACAGGCUACAAUGGUUGGAAGUGAUGGCGUGUACUUGUCCAAAGAGAAGAGGCUUUUCGGCAUAUUUGGGUCAAUGCUAAUAGCAUUCAUAAUAACAGUACUCCCUGGGUACACCAUAGGGUUUAUUUCUGCUAUCUAUCCUCUACAAGAUAAUGUCUAUCUUGUUAACAUAGCUUUUAAUGAUUCGAUAAUAAUGACCAACCCUUUUAUUCAGCUGUACUUCAGGCCGGAAAUAAAGUCACUUAUAGGUUCACUCACGAAAAAGAUUAGAAAUAAAUUUAAAAUGAAACAACAUUCGACCAGGAUAAGGGUCGUACCCAUUAAUAAUUAAACAGUUUGUUAAGGCUGACAUUAAUUAUCUUUACCAUUUCAUUGAUAUAUUGUUGCUAAAGUAGUUUCUUAAAAUUUUAGAGAAAAUA